UUUAUAUUUCCAUAAAGGUUAGCACAAUGAGCGGGGAUGCAGGAAAUGAAAGUGACGUAGUAGGUCGAGUAGAUAGAAUUCGGAGUUUAUUUGAGGAGAGGACCCUUGGAGAUAGUGUAACCAUAAGAACCACAGAGGGGGAAGAGGACAAAAUGGAUGUUGAAGCUAGUAUUUCACCAGAGUUUACAGUUACAAAGGUCGAUCUUAACAUCAAAGCAAAUGUGGUGGCUCACCAUACUAACGAAUUUGAUAUUACUGACCGUUUAGUUUAUGAUACUACUGAACAACUUGUUGUAAGGCGUGGACAGUCCUUUGAUAUGAAGAUACAGUUCAAACGGCCAUAUGAUCAAACUAAAGAUUUUGUUAAAGUUAUUUUUGAAUUCGGGCCUAGACCAUUGCCCUCGAAAGGAAGUCGAAUAGAAUUAUUACUCACUGACGUGGACCUUCCAAAGAAUGAAUGGAAAACUGCUAUCACCUCAUUGGAAGGCAACUGGCUUGGUCUAUCAGUAACACCUCCACCAACUUGUGCUGUUGCUAAAUGGUCCAUGAAAGUUGAUAUCAUUACUAAGGAGGAAAUUGAGAGAUACAUUCACAAAGAUCCUGUGUACAUACUUUUUAAUCCUUGGUGCAAAGAGGACCAAGUAUACAUGGAUAGUGAGCUUUUAAAAGAAUAUGUAUUGAAUGAAGAUGGUGAAAUAUAUGUUGGAUCAUACAGGAGUAUUAUGCCUAGAAAAUGGUUAUUUGGACAGUUCACAGGAAAGGUUCUCGAAUGUGCGAUGUACCUUUUAGACGAGAAAUCAAGAGUAAAGGAUAUUUACAGAGGGGAUCCAAUUAAAGUUUCAAGAGCAAUAUCUAGCUUUGUCAAUAGCAGUGAUAACUAUGGAGUACUAACGGGAAAAUGGGCGGACAAAGAAGAGGACUACAAACCUGGAAAGGUGCCUUGGUCUUGGACCGGAAGUGUCGCCAUCUUGCAAGAUUAUUUUGAACAAAAGCAGCCAGUAAAGUACGGACAGUGUUGGGUUUUCUCAGGGGUAGUUACAACAGUAUGUAGAGCUCUUGGGAUACCGGCAAGAAGUGUAACCAACUUUGCAUCGGCCCAUGAUACAGAUGGAAGUGUAUCCAUAGAUACCUAUUACGACAAGAAUUAUAAAGAAAUCAAGCAUCUAAGCGGGGAUUCUGUUUGGAACUUCCACGUUUGGAAUGAUGCCUGGAUGCGUAGGCCAGAUUUGAAAGGUGAUAAUUAUGACGGAUGGCAAGCUAUUGACGCCACUCCACAAGAAAGAAGUGAGAUGAGGUUUCAAAUGGGACCUAUGUCCGUGAAGGCAAUUAAACAAGGCGAUUUACAUUGCCAGUAUGAUGGUCCCUUUUCAUUUUCUGAGGUUAAUGCCGACCGAUUGACAUGGGUGCCGGACGAGAUGGGAAAUAUGCAAUUAUCAAACAUACAGACAGAAAGCAUCGGAAAGAAUAUCAGCACAAAGAAACCGAUCGGUCAAAAGCCGGAUAUUAGCAGAGGAUUUUGGGAUACUCCGUUUAGGGAAGACAUUACGAAUCAGUACAAAUUCGACGAAAACAGCAAAGAAGAGAGAGCAGCUGUUCGUAAGGCUAACAUGGAAUCAACCAGAAAAUAUUACUACGAAGAUGUGAAAAAAUGGAAAGUGAACUUCAGUAUUGAUAUAAAGGAUAACAUUAUGGUUGGAGAUCCAAUAGAUUUGAGUUUGAAAGUGAAGAACAAUGAAGAAGAGGCAAGAAUGAUAUCUGGCAGUGUAACAAUAUCAUGUACAGACUAUACGGGAGACGUUGAUAAUGAAGUUUUGUGGCGCCAACUGUCAGGACAAGACAGGUUUAUACAAGCAAACGAUGAAAUCGUGGUGCCUUUCAAUGUUCCAUUCAAAUACUACUACCGAAACUUGGCAGAGGGAUGCUUUAUUCGUGUGUCGUGUAUGUGUAAAGUUGAAGCAACAGGUCAAAUAUUCUCAGAUAUACAAACGAUGCCUCUGAGGAAGCCAGUACUUGCAGUCAAGGCUCCAGAAAAGGGAAAAGUCAAGGAGAAAUUUUCGAUUGAAGCCUCAUUUGAAAAUCCUCUUGAUAUAAAAAUGACCGAAUGUGAGAUAAAAGCAGAAGGACCUGGUCUUCAGACUGCUAAAACGUAUCCUCAAAGCGAUGUAGGGGCGAAGUCCAAGUUCACGUUCACGUGUGAUUUUACUCCUGAAAAGGCCGGAAAUAAAAUGAUUCUGCUGGUAUUCAACUCGAAAGAACUCAACUCAAUCGAAGGCUCUGCUAGUAUAGAAAUCAUGAAAGCGUCUACAGAAACCGAAAUGAUCGUUGAAUAACUUCAUCGCCAUAUAUUUGCUAUGAAUAACCUUAAUAUAUAAAUAGAUACUCGACUGAUACAUUUUGCAAUCGUCGUGUUGAGGGUAAGAAUAUAUCCUUGUAUAUGUUUUGCUAUUGAUAAGUCUUGCGAUAAAUUUGCAUUAUUUUAUUAUCAAGUUUUCAAAAACCUCGUGAAUGGCAAAAUGUGUAGCCGUUUCAGCAGUGUUAAAUCUUCGGUGCAAUAUUCCAAGACAACAAUCUGAAGUGUCCAAAUGUAUGAAAUCAAACUCCUGGAAGCAAAGUGACGAAGAAAUCAAUGUAGUAACCCAUAUUCUCAGAAAAGUAUUGGGGUUUUAUAUAUCAGUGUUAAUUAAACGAUAAAAAAUAUUGUAUGCGUGUAAGUGCUUGUUUAUGUGCGUGUGCCAAUGUAAGUGAGAUUACGUUCUAUAUAAAAUCUUUAAUUUUUUGAUUGUGUUAAUGACUAAUUGACUAGUGUAAAAGGUAUCAUGCAUAUUCCUAGAAACCAGAUAGCUCACUUGAACCUGGAAUUUCUGCAGGUGCUUGGUCCAUGCAAUUUGUCGAAAACUGGGAAAUCUUGAAUAAAAAACAUUAUUUGACGCUAAGAUUUACAAAUAACUGUAUAAAAGCUUUACUCUAGAAUAAAUGUGAUAACUGUGGAAUGUACUUUUAUUUGAUUUUAUUGAUCUUUUCCGAAUUAUGAAUUACUUUACACAUCAGUUGUUUUAUAUAAGUGUGUUUUGGACCUUAAUAAAGAAAUGUUUAAUUUUUGCUGACAAUCAUGUCUUGAGUUGACAAUCAAUAGUAAAUACAGAAGGUCACAGACGUUCCAUUUAUUAUGUGGUUCUACUAAGGCGUAAGUUUGCGCCUGAAAUAAUGCAUGUGUGGUAUAUGAUGUCUUCAUACACGAUUUAAAGCUGAAAAAUUGCCAUUUGACUCAUUUAAUGCUGAUGUGCCUCAACACAGAAAUGAAUGAUUGAAUUUUAUCUGAUGUAUAUGUCUAGUUUGUAUUCCGCCAUAUUCCUUAUUGACCUUGCUUUAAAGAUAUACUAUGCUCAUCUUUGAGUAAAAUAUUAUUAUCACAGACAUUUAUUGAAAUCCAUGAAAUGAUUGGUUUUAAUUCGAGUACAAAAGUGUUAAAAUUUUGUAUUGAAAGCUGAAUUCCCUAUUAAAAGUCAAGAUGGUCUUUUCAUAAUGUUUUUUAAUGACACUAUAUUUUCAUAUUGUGACCACUUAUUGUGUUUAGAGUUCAAUACAUAACAUUUCAACUUUCAAUGAAGCAGAAUCAUGUUUAUUUUAUAUUUACAAAGAGGCUGUGUAGUAGUUAUCAAUAUUUUCAAACAUCAAAUUUGAGCAUAAGUAUAUCUUUAAGCAAUAUGUUGUAGGUUGUACUGAAAAUGUUUCAUUUAUAUAGACAUAGCUUCAAGCAAUUAUGUUUUACUUUAACUAUGUUAAAACAUAUUCAAUAAUAAAACUUUAUUUUUACACUCC